AUGGAGAAUCUCAAAGAUGGAGAAAACAUCAUAGAACUCCUAAUUCAAGGAAGAUUACUAGACACAGUCACAAAAAUUGAACCCUUUGAAGAAAAGAUGAUUCAUGAAUUCUACUGCAAUCUCAAAGGAGAAUCAUCAGUCCCAUCAAGUCCUUUGUAUGGAAAAGUUUACCUAAGAGGAAAAUACUAUGAUUUUUCCCCAGAUGUUAUAAAUGCCAGUUACAACACCUUUGAACAAGAUGAUCAGUACAACCACAAUGGGGACAUCAUAGCCCAGGAGAUCACAGCUGGAAAUGUAGUUCUUGAAAAGAAGAAGAUCAAAGCUGCCUGCCUGACAAGCAAAUACGCCAUUCAACAAAAAAUAGCUCUGGAAAACUGGAUGCCCUCCUUACAUGAAAACACUGUGAAAUGGAGCUUGGCUGAAUUGUUAUACAAAGUAGGAAAAAAGAUCAAAAUCAGCUAUGGAGAACUGGUCCAUCAACAAGUCAUAAACCUAGCUGAAAACAAAUCUCCUAAGGCCUCUCUAAUCUUUCCAAACCUAAUUCAAACCAUCCUCACCAAACAAGGCCUAAAGUCUACCAAGAAAAAGCUCCAACAGAUCAAAACUCUAAAUGUGUCUGUUAAACUGAGAAAGGGAUCUCAUCAAAAUGACCUGAGAACCACAAAUCCAGAAGAUGACCCUAUGAACAAUGAUAUCCUUCGAAAAUACUUCCAGAAGAGACUCAAUGAACUGAUUACAUCUGAAAAGAACAUAAAACAGAGACAAUUGGAAAUCCAGGAAGAGAAAGUUGAGGUACUCAAAUGGAUGACAGCUUUAGGAGGAAAUAAUGAAGAAGAGUCUGAUGGGGAGGCUGAAAAAUCUCAAGGAGUAGAUGCUGAUGAAGAAGAAUCUGAAGGGGAGAUUGAAAAAUUCCAAGAAGAAGAUACUGCUGCAGAAGAUCAAGAAGAAGAGAGCCAAGGAGAAGAACAGGGUGUUGGAACCCCAGAAGCAACAUCCUCUGACUCUGACUGA